GGAGAUAUGAUGAAAUUAAUCCAAAAAUAAAACAGAUGGUAAAACACCGAAUGAGAGCUCCCUCAUAGAGCUUUCACUUUUCAUCGUCAUCAAAACCAAAAAGACCCACCCAAAAAGUUUCCUUUUUCUCUCUUCUUCAGCUCUCUGUCUUGUUGAUAUAUAAAUAUAGAAUCUUUCUUGAAGUAUCUUUGAAUUUACAGCAAGCAACGAAAAAUGCAGGCAUCAAGAGCGAGGUUGUUCAAGGAAUACAAAGAGGUUCAGCGAGAGAAGGCGGCUGAUCCCGAUAUUCAACUAGUUUGUGAUGAUUCCAACAUAUUUAAGUGGACUGCUCUUAUCAAGGGACCUUCUGAGACACCUUAUGAAGGCGGAGUCUUCCAGCUUGCUUUUGCUGUCCCUGAGCAGUACCCUUUGCAGCCUCCUCAAGUGCGGUUCUUGACGAAAAUAUUUCAUCCCAAUGUGCAUUUUAAGACAGGAGAGAUUUGCCUUGAUAUAUUGAAGAAUGCUUGGAGCCCUGCAUGGACACUUCAGUCUGUUUGUAGGGCUAUAAUAGCUUUGAUGGCUCAUCCGGAACCUGAUAGCCCACUUAACUGUGAUUCAGGCAAUCUUUUAAGGUCUGGUGAUCUCAGAGGAUACCAGUCUAUGGCAAGAAUGUACACCAGACUUGCUGCCAUGCCCAGAAAAGGGUGAACAUUUAUGGUGCUAUGAACCGCCUUAAAACUGUAAGAGUCGAUUAUCGUCAGCAAUUUACUUUUGCCUUUUAAACUUCAUUGUAGAAAUUCAAGAAUAUCUCUUACUUUUCUGAUCCAAAAAUAUCAGUUCCCAGCUA